UCCGCGUCCCGCGGCGGCUGCGGGGCUGCUCCCGGCCGGGCGCGCCGCUCCCGCAGGCUCCCGCAGGUAUCCGCAGGUAUCCGCAGGUAUCCGCAGGUAUCCGCAGGCUGGCACCCUGGGUACGGGCGCCGUCCCCAGGGUGGUGUAGCAGUGCUGGGGAUGCCACCCUGCUCUGUGGGAGCCCGGGUCCCGAGCUGACUCUCCUUGCUGCAGAGGACGCCCAAGUGACACUGUCAGGGGACACUCCCUGUCCUGACUCUGGAUGUGCAUCACAUCAGUUUGGCAGGGCAAAGGUACGGCUGGAUGACGGCUGAGGAUGUGCUAUGGAGCCGGGAUUCAACUGCUCUGAGCUCUGCGAUGGCAGCUCCAGUUUUGGCAGCCAGGAGCAGCAGCAGCGGGCCCUGCAGGAGCUCUGCACUGUGACAGUGACUUCGUUUGACCGCAGUAUGAAGAGCUCCCCAUCCUUCUCUGCUGGUCUCCUGGGAGUUGUGUGGACAUUCCUGACUGGAGGAGUCCUGCUAGCACUCUUCUUUUUCAUCUUCACUAUUCGCUUCAGGAAAAACAGGAUUGUGAAGAUGUCCAGCCCCAAUCUCAACAUUGUGACCCUGCUUGGCAGUGGCUUGACUUACACAAGUGCUUACCUCUUUGGGAUUCAGGAGCAGAGCCUGCCAUCUGGAGACUCAAUGGAAAAGCUUAUUCAGGUGAGGCUGUGCCUGCUGUGCGUGGGGACCUCCCUGGUGUUCGGGCCUGUCCUGGGGAAGAGCUGGCGGCUCUACAAGGUGUUCACCCAGCGGGUGCCCGACAAGCGGGUGAUUAUCAAAGACCUGCAGUUGCUGGGAAUGGUAGCAGCAUUGGUGCUGGCAGACACUGUCUUGCUCUUGACCUGGGUGUUCUCUGACCCAGUCCAGUGCUUCCGAAGCCUCAGCGUCUCACUGCGGGCAACAGAGAAAGGCAUGACGUGCUCCGUGAGCCGGGUGCAGUCCUGUGCAUCGCUCUAUUCUGAUCUUUGGCUCGUUCUCAUUUUAGGCUUUAAGAGUAUCCUCCUGCUAUACGGGACCUACUUGGCCGGUCUGACCGACAAUGUCAGCUCCUCACCAGUGAACCAGUCCCUGACACUCAUCGUCGGGGUCAACCUCGUUUUUCUGGCUGCUGGUACCAUCUGCUUAGUUCACCGUUUUUUCUGUUCUUGGCACAAUUUGCUGUUUGGUUUUACCUCUGGAGGCAUCUUUGUUUGUACAACCACGAUCAACUGCUUCAUCUUUGUCCCACAGCUCAAGCAGUGGAAAGCCUUUGAAGAAGAAAGCCAAACCAUGAGCCACAUGGCAAAAUAUUUCACCAGCCCGAGCAGGAGCUGCCGCUCAGUGUACAGCGAGGAGCAGCUCUACCAGCUCAUAGGGGAGAAAAACUCUAUGAAGCAGCUGCUCACCGAGAAAAACGCCGUGAUCGAAAGCCUGCAGGAGCAAGUGAGCAGCGCCAAGGAGAAGCUGAUGAGGCUGAUGUCUGCGGAGAGCGGCUGCGACCCCUGUGUGCUGCCAGCAGCUCCCUGCACUUGGAGCUCAGGGCAGCCUGGGGAUGCACCAGGGGACUGCUGCCCCCCGGAUCCGGAGAGGGAGGAGUGGCAGCCCCCCUGUUUGCCGGGUACAUCACCUCUUGGCAGCAAUGCUCAGGCCCUCCAGAAAAAUGCAACUCAGGAGCCUGUUUGCACUCAGGUGCUGCUUUUUAAUGCAGGAGACAACACUGAACAUGGCCUGAAAGAUGUCCAGGAGUGUGGAACACCUGCAGUUCAGGGGCAGCCUCCAGAGCAGCUGCCAGGCCAAGACAGCUCCGCUGGCGUAGCCUGGGAGUCGUUCCCCAAAGUCAGCUAUGUAAACAGCGAGAAGCUGUGGGAAAUCUUGCAAGAGUUAAGCCUGGAUGGCAAAAACCACAGCCCAGCCUUAUCUGCAAGACCCCCACUUGGCAACCAGGGCACCUCAGGCGAGCAGGGAGAAACACGGGUGGGCCAGGAGGGCUACCCAGGCAUCCACACACCCCUCAGCCCCUACCUGGUAAGGCAUCAGCGGAGGAUCCCAUUGCCCCCUGCCUCCGCGCGCUUCCCUGGACACGUAUCCCCUCGUGCCAGCUGCAGGGUGAAGGAGGUGGGCAGCUGGGUCCGUGGGGAGUCAGCACACAACUCCCUGGGAACGGGAGGGGACAUGGCUGGCAGAGGGCUCCUUCACCGCCCGGCACCAUCCCCUGCAGCCAUGCCAAGGGAGGCCAGCCUGCGGCCAGAGGGGUGGCUGGGAUGGCCCGAGUCGCAGGGUGCUUCAUCGUGCAUCCCGCAGGAGCAGCGGCGGCGGCAGGGCGCCCCGAGGGGCCCCGCUGAGCCCUCCCUGCGCUCGCUGUACUAUUACCCAGACUCUGACUCCAGCAGCAGCAGCUCCGAGAUGUUUCACGGCUGCCACCGACCCUGCUGCGAGGUUUGCUUCCAGAGCCCGCGUGGCUCCCUGGACAGCAGCAGCACGGACACGGACACAGAGCCCAGUGACUGUGAGGAGCACCAGACAGAGCACCACGGCAGACCCCAGCCUGUGGUGAAUUUCAAAGACGAUCUAAAACCUACGUUUGUGUGAAUGGGGGCACCCCUGCCCCAAAAGGCAAGUGCCCUCCCACCCCAAAACACUGCUUGUUUUCUGCAAUGCUAAAGCCACACAUCCCUCUGGGGAAUGUGCCUUGUUCUGGAAUUUGGGGAUUUGCCCCGUUCUGAUUUGCAGUGUCAGCCCCAGGCUGGUCAGCCGUGACUGCAGCCUGAGUUUGGCUGAGAGGGGGUUGGCAGCACGCAGGGAGGUGGCGGUGGCCUUGUCCUGGCUACUCUGGGCAGCUGCCUGUGUCCCACAGGUAGCCAGCAGUUCUGUCCAUCCUGGUGCCAGCAGUGGAGAAACCAGGGCUGGGGGUCUGUGAGAGCCCAAACUUCGUCUCCUCAGAGAGCUUUGCCUGUGAGACCUGCUUGAUUCACACUAGCAGGGAGCAGCAUCCUGCCUCAGAAACAACCAUUGCUUCUUGCACACCUCUCCAUAUGGACCGACAGAGGACUCCUUCCCCCAAGGCUGCCCAAGCAGAGCAUCCCACUGGCAUCACCCCCACCUGAGGAUGGGAGACGGAUACCAGAAGCAGUUGCAGCCGGGCACUCACCUGGGGUGUGCUCCUUCCAGGCAAAACAAGGACUUUGGAAUGGGGGGUACACAGCAAACUUUUGAGUUUUGCUGGGUUUUCUUGUAGCAUCUGAAUGAGAAAAUGGAGUUCAAAGGUGAUGUCUGUGGAGGUGUCUUUGCAUUUUGUGUUCUUCAGGUGCAUCAUUGUAGGUGAGACUCAGGUCAGAGCUGAAGGGAAAGACAAGCUAGCCAUUGUAAAGGAGGAUUUCUGAGUCUUGUGUCUUUCUGUCUUUGUAUGGGUGAUAUAGUCUGGAAUAAGGUUUGUUUAAAUUAAUAUGCUCUGUUUAAUUUUUAUUUUAGAAACACCAAGAACAGUAAAUCCAGUGUGUGUGCCUUUUUGGGAUAUUUAUCAUGGCAUUUGAGCUUAUUGUUGUCUCCACAGGAGUUCAGGAUGCUGAGACCUGAUGCCCAGUGCAAUAUAAACCUUCUGGAGAAAGGCUUGAUUAAAAAAAGCAGGUGUCAGAGGAAUCCCAGACCUGGUUUUGAACAAAGCAUGUUAGCACUGCCCUCUCCAUUACCCUUUGUGAUGGUGAAAUCCCUCACUUCUCUCUCCCUUCACUAGUGUCACCUCUUUUUCUCCCAUUGCCUCUGCAGUUUUCUAAGCUUUCACGUAGGGCAAAUCACCAAAGUCAGUAAUCUUACGAGGAACAAUAUUCCCAUAGCUCCUCUUUGCUUUUAAAAUGGAAAUACACCAGAGUGUAAUCAU